CUAGCAUCACGGUGAUUUUUCCGCUGUUGGACAGCACAUUGGGCGCAUAAGUACAUCUUCCACUUCCACUUCCCACUUCUCCUCCCAGAUCAAUCUUGUGUACAAAUACAUUGACGGCGUCGAGGCCAAUUCAGGAUUGUUACAGACAGUGACUACAUCAACACAACGAACAUGGCAUCCGGCAUGCAGUUCACAGACCGGGCAACUCAAGCGCUGAGUGAUGCCCAGGAUCUGGCAACCCAGUAUGCCCACUCACAAAUGCUACCCAUCCACCUUGGCGUAGCAUUACUCGACCCUCCUCCGGAUCAGUCGAAGGAUCAACAAACCAACCAUGCACACGAAUCGCACGCGACCUCUUCGGCACCGCUAUUCAAGCAAGUGGUCGAGCGCGCCCACGGUGAUCCGCAACUACUCGAUCGGGCGUUGAAGAAGGCGUUGGUAAGGUUGCCGAGUCAAGACCCUCCGCCAGAAAGCGUCAGCGUUUCGCCAGCCUUCAGCAAAGUGUUACGCGCUGCGAACGAGCUGUCCAAGACCCAGAAAGACAGUUACAUUGCCGUCGAUCACCUGAUUCAGUGCUUGGUGCAAGACGCGACGGUCCAGCGAUGUCUUGCAGAAUCCAAUGUGCCGAACACUAAGCUCAUCGACACUGCCAUACAACAGAUUCGCGGCACCAGGCGAGUCGACAGCAAGACGGCUGAUGCCGAAGAGGAGCACGAGAAUCUGAAGAAGUUCACCAUCGACAUGACAGCACUGGCACGAGAGGGCAAGAUGGACCCGGUCAUCGGCCGUGAGGAAGAGAUUAGGCGGGUGAUUCGGAUCCUGUCAAGGCGAACGAAGAAUAACCCAGUUCUCAUUGGCGAGCCGGGUGUUGGCAAGACCACUGUUGUCGAGGGUCUGGCGCAGCGGAUUGUUAAUGCAGAUGUGCCAGCAAACCUCGCUGCAUGCAAGCUUCUUUCUCUGGAUGUCGGCUCGCUCGUGGCGGGCUCGAAGUACAGAGGUGAAUUCGAGGAGCGCAUGAAGGGAGUGCUUAAAGAGAUUGAAGACAGCAAAGAGAUGAUCGUGCUCUUCGUGGACGAAAUCCACCUGCUUAUGGGCGCGGGUAGCUCAGGCGAAGGAGGUAUGGAUGCCGCCAACCUGCUCAAGCCUAUGCUCGCUCGUGGCCAACUUCACUGCAUCGGUGCGACCACGCUUGCCGAAUACAGGAAGUACAUUGAGAAAGAUCAAGCUUUCGAGCGUCGGUUCCAGCAAGUUCUGGUGAAGGAACCGAGCGUCCCCGAGACGGUCUCCAUUUUACGUGGAUUAAAGGAGAAGUACGAGGUCCACCACGGUGUCACUAUCUUGGAUGGUGCCAUUGUUGCCGCAGCCACUCUCGCCUCGCGCUACCUGACGCAACGCAGACUGCCAGACUCAGCUGUCGAUCUCAUCGACGAAGCAGCGGCAGCCGUCCGAGUGACACGCGAGUCACAGCCCGAAGUACUCGACAACAUGGAGCGAAAGCUACGUCAGCUCGAGAUUGAAAUUCACGCUCUUGAACGCGAGAAGGACGAUGCGUCCAAGACCCGCUUGAGCCACGCCAAGGCCGAGAAGGCCAAUACAGAGGAAGAACUUAAGCCGCUGCGGGAGAAGUACGAAAGCGAGAAAGCUCGCUCAAAAGAGAUCCAAGAGCAGAAGAUCAAACUAGACCAGCUAAAGGUGAAACAGCAAGAAGCAGAGCGUACGCGCGAUCUUCAGACUGCUUCUGAUCUUAAGUACUACGCCAUUCCCGACGUAGAAGCCCGCAUUGAGCAGCUAGAGCACCAGAAGAAGGAAGUUGAGCAAUCAGAGUCUGGGCGCCGAGGCAGCGUUGACGAGAAGCUGGUCGCAGACGCUGUUGGGCCCGACCAAAUCAACGAGAUCGUUGCACGCUGGACCGGUAUCCCAGUUACCAGACUGAAGACUACCGAGAAGGAUAAGCUGCUGCAAAUGGAGAAGGUACUAGGUGCACAAGUUGUCGGUCAGAAAGAGGCGGUCACCUCGGUUGCCAAUGCAAUCAGAUUGCAGCGCUCUGGUCUCAGCAACCCAGGUCAGCCACCGUCGUUCCUCUUCUGCGGUCCGUCUGGUACUGGUAAAACACUUCUUACCAAGGCACUGGCCGAGUUUUUGUUCGACGAUCCCAAGGCCAUGAUCCGUCUCGACAUGUCCGAGUAUCAGGAGCGUCACUCACUAUCACGCAUGAUCGGCGCACCACCCGGCUACGUUGGCCAUGACGCAGGAGGUCAGCUAACGGAAGCACUCCGUCGUCGGCCCUUCAGCAUCUUGCUAUUUGAUGAAGUCGAGAAAGCAGCCAAAGAAGUCCUUACCGUGCUACUUCAACUCAUGGACGACGGUCGCAUUACCGAUGGGCAAGGUCGUGUCAUUGAUGCGCGCAACUGCAUUGUCGUCAUGACCUCCAAUCUCGGCGCCGAAUACCUCAGCCGGCCUAAUGCUCCGGACGGGCGCAUCGAUCCGACGACAAAGGAGCUAGUCAUGAAUGCGCUCCGCAACUACUUCCUACCCGAGUUCCUCAAUCGCAUCAGCAGCAUUGUCAUCUUCAACAGACUUUCGAAGAAGGAAAUCCGCAAGAUCGUCGACGUGCGGCUUACCGAAAUCCAGCAGCGGCUCACAAGCAAUGGCAGAAACGUUAAGAUUCAGCUCAGUGAUGCGGUCAAAGACUACCUCGGCUCCGCUGGGUACUCGCCUGCGUACGGUGCUCGACCUCUGCAACGGCUUAUUGAGAAGGAGGUGCUCAAUCGCUUGGCUGUACUCAUCUUGAGAGGUGCGGUCCGAGAUGGUGAAACUGCACGAGUCGUGCUGGAAGAUGGUCACAUUCAAGUACUGCCGAACCACGGCGAGAGUGACAUUGAGGAUAUUGACGGAGAUAGCGAGAUGUGGGAUGGGGAUGAGGAUGACGCUGUCGAAGAAAUUCAGCGCAACGGUGACGGCGGUGAGAUGGAUCUUUAUGACUGAAUGAAUGCAUGCAUUAACGAUGCAUGACUUUUGCUCAAGCGUUCAAGCGACGGAACGGCGGUUAUAGGUGGAGAUUCAUUGCCAUGA